ACAGUUUGAUGUACACUGUGUCACCUUGUUGUCAUUCAAAUUUUUAUAUGUUAGAAACUGGCAGCCCAGUAUGUUAUUGUCAAAAAUAUUUUUGUUUCGAUUCGUCACACAUAACGGCUCAAAUUAAACUUUUUACGGUUUUAAUAAGUAAAUAUUAAGUGAAUAAUAAUGGAUGAGGUUUACUUUUGGAACAAACUGGAGGCGGAGUAUGGAACCAUAAACAUCAACAUUCGAAAUGUACUUAAAAAGCAAAACCUAUGCAGCCAGUCACUAUCUCAUUUAACCAUCGAGGGAAUUCAAAUCAUAGAGAAAGACAUGCGGAUCAUGGCGGAGAGCUUGCGUAGUGCUGCUGCAGCUGGCGGAACUCCCCUACAUGAAAUUUAUGGGCAGACUUAUGCUGAAAAUCCAGAAAAUUUCCGUUUCCUUAGAGGAGAGGUAAUGUGUCUCCUCGACUUAGCCGAGGUGAUGAAGAGAAAAGGCAUCAAGUACUUCCUCAACAACAAGCUGAAACAAAAAUCUAUGAGUAUCGAGAUCUACGACGAAGAUGCUGAAGAGCACUCCCGCGCACUGUAUGAAAAAAUAAUGCUACACUUCUCUUCUCAGGGUAUAACGGAUACAAGCUACGAUGAAUUGCUGGAGCAGUUCAAAACUAUUGAAAUCAAAGUAUUUACUAAUGACAGUGGAAAAGUUCGAGCAGAGGCUCUGUGUCCUAUUUGUCAAAAGACAGGAAAAAGAUCGAAGCUGUCAUUUUCCAUGGACGAAAGAAACAACUGGCACAUCUACAGCUUAACCAGGCACAGCAACACAAUGCAUUUUCAAAUGCCAACAUGUUCAUCGCAUAAACGACGUCGAACAAAUGUUCCAACAGUGACAUCAGGUGUUCAGAUCAGAAAUCAGAUUCCUGAUGCAGCACGCUUCAGAGAUCUCAACGUUACAUUAACAACAGAAAACGAUUUUACUAAUACUGCCUCAUUUAACGAUUUACUUUCCACCCCUUGGGAUCCAUUGAGCUCGAGUUUGGCUGAGAAUGAGAUGUCGAAUAUUUCCAGCGAUGUCAGAGAAGAACAAUCAGACCAAGAAGUGGAAUCGAUGGAAGAAGAAAGAAUUGAAGAGGAACUUGAUGUUGAAUCGGAUGCAGCAGUGAAUGAUACCGUACACGCCGAUAUACCUUCUGGAAUUGCGAAUGUGUCAGACUUGGAAAAUUCUUCCGAGGGCGUCACCAAGGAAUCCAUGUAA